GUUUUUGUAUUUAUUUUCUCUUCUAGAAAGGAGCUGGCAAAACAUUAAAAGUAAAUAGGGGCCUACAAUAUUAAAUGUUAACUUUAAUUUCACUUAUAUCUAAGAAAGAGAAGAUGAAGAAGCUUCUGGGUUUCUUUUGACUUCUUCAAAAGGGCUGAAAAAAAUAAAGAAUGUGAACAAGUUUCUUUUCUCUUCUUCAAAGGACAAAAAAAUAUGAAGAAUUAUCUACAUUCGAAUUUUCGAAGGAGAAAAAAAUCGAAAGUAUCUAUAUACGUUUUUCAGGUGCUCAAACUGGAGUUUGUUAUGGAAGGCUAGGGAAUGGAUUACCAUCUCCAGCAGAUGUUGUGUCACUAUGCAAUCGAAACAACAUUCGAAGAAUGAGAAUAUACGAACCUGACCAGCUGACCCUUCAGGCGCUCCGAGGAUCCAACAUUGAGGUCAUGCUAGGUAUCCCGAACACGGAUCUUGAAAACGUUGCUGCUAGCCAAGACAAUGCAAAUAUAUGGAUCCAAAACAAUGUUAAGAACUAUGAUAAUGUCAAGUUCAGGUAUAUAGCUGUUGGAAAUGAAGUUAGUCCCUUCAAUGAAAACUCAAAGUAUGUACCUGUUCUUUUCAAUGCUGUAAGGAACAUUCAAACCGCAAUAUCUGGAGCCGGUCUCGGAGACCAGAUCAAAGUUUCCACAGCUAUUGAAACUGGACUUACUACAGAUACUUCUCCUCCAUCGAAUGGAAGAUUCAAAGAUGAAGUUCUACGAUUCAUCGAACCUAUAAUCAACUUCCUUGUGACGAAUCGCGCUCCUUUGCUUGUCAACCUUUAUCCUUACUUUGCAGUAGUUGACAAUCCAGUCAUUAAGCUUGAGUAUGCACUUUUCACAUCACCUGAAGUUGUUGUAAAUGAUAACGGAAGAGGAUACAAGAACCUUUUUGAUGCCAUCUUAGAUGCCACAUACUCGGCCCUUGAAAAAGCUGGUGGCUCGUCUUUGCAGAUCGUUGUAUCGGAGAGUGGUUGGCCUUCAGCUGGAGCAGGGCAGUUAACUUCCAUUGACAAUGCCAGGACUUAUAACAACAAUCUGAUUCAACAUGUGAAGGGAGGGAGUCCUAAAAGGCCUUCCGGUCCAAUAGAGACCUACAUUUUCGAUCUGUUUGAUGAAGAUCAGAAGAACCCUGAAAUCGAGAAGCAUUUCGGACUAUAUUCAGCAAACAUGCAACCUAAGUACCAGAUCAGUUUUAACUAGUUAAAAAGCAAGAGGAGAGCAUUAAAAGGAAUAAAGGACUUACCUUUGUAUGUAUGUAAAUUCUGAAUAACAUUUCCAGCUUCAAGAGAAAGUAGCCUAUUGGCAUUAUGUACUGAAAUUAUCAUAUGCUAAUAAAGAAAUCAACAUAUUACAAUAAUGAAACACCCCCUUUGGUGUAGCCUUUCCCG